AUGCGGCUGCUGCUCAACCGAGUAAUUAUCAUACAACUGUGGGUGUUGACAGCACUUGCAAUUAAAAAUCCUAUCAUACCAGGAUGGAAUCCGGACCCUUCAAUCAUUCGUGUCCGCGAGGAAUAUUACCUCGCGACUUCAUCCUUCGAGUAUUGGCCUAGUACUCCGAUCUACAAAUCUAACGACCUCGCCAACUGGGAGCUUUAUUCACAUGCUUUCACAAGGCCCAGUCAGGCUCAAUUAUAUGGUGUCCCUACAGGCGCAGGUACAUGGGCUCCGACAUUGUCGCUAAUAAAUGGCAAAUACUACAUGGCAUCCAUGACAAGAUGGACUUAUGAUCCAGUUGCAAGGGUAUGGCCUCGUGUGAUGUGGGUGUCGUCCCACGAUCUGAAAACAUGGUCUGAUCCCAUUUGGGGUGACGCGUGGGGAAUCGAUCCUGCGUUGUUCCAGGACCCGGCCACGCAGAAGGUUUAUCUGAACCUUAUGGCUCCAAACAAUAACGUUGAUAGAAUUUGGGGUAUCUAUCAAUGUCAAGUUGAUGUGGACAGUGGCCGGUGCAUUGGCGAGUACAACUCUAUAUGGAAUGGGACCUUGGCGCAUAGUUCAUCUGCCAGACCGGAAGGCCCGAAGAUGUUCAAGCGGGACAAUUGGUAUUAUCUUCUUAUCGCUGAAGGUGGUACGGAUGACCUGCAUCGAGCUUCUAUUGCACGCUCCGCUUCUCCUGAAGGCCCCUGGGAAGCUGCGCCAAACAAUCCGAUAUUGUUCAAUGGUGCAUACGGAUAUGAUAACCUCACCGUACAGUCGACUGGUCAUGCCACUCAUUUUGAUACUCCAGAUGGCGAGAGCUAUUUAGCAUUCUUGGCCCGAAGAAAGAUCAAUGGCUCGUCUCCGCUUGGCCGAGAAACUUUCAUUUCUCCUGUCCAGUGGAAGAAUGGAUGGCCUAUCGUGAACGGAGGAGAACCAAUUCGACUCAGCCAAUCAUUCGGCAAUACAACAGAUCAGGUCUCCCCACCGAAACAAUUCACGGACAACUUUGAUCAGGCAAAUCUUGAUCCAUCAUGGUAUCAGCUUCGAAUACCCUACACACAGAACUUCAUGAUGAAAAAGAAUAACGCCAACGGAAUCACUUUCAAGCCAAACGCGUUCGGCCUGAGUGACAGAGACACGCCCGCGGCUGUUUUACGGAAACAAAAAUCAUUGAAUAUGACUUUCAGUGCGCAGCUCCUACCCACAAAGUCUGGUCUUGGAUAUGGAGAGACAGUCGGUAUUAGUGCCUAUUUAAGCGAGCUGCAACAUCAGGAUAUUGCGGUCUCCGGUUGUGUCAACAGCACCGGGAUGUGCAUAUUCACUCGCCUGAUGAUGAACAGCACGGUCCAGGUAAAGUUCCACUCUCUAUUCCAAUAUCUGCACACUAAUAGCUAA